GUAAGGCUGCGUGGUGGUUUUGGGCGCAGUGUGACCUCCACAGCAGCGGAAUCCACGUCUUUGGUGAAGGAGCCAGCGCCACGGCUCGGUCAAGGCUAUGCCGUGAUCUCCGUGUGCACGUUGCUGGCUUGGACUUUGACAGCCAUCAUGGCGUUGGCGCGUCAUCCCCUUGUGAAACUGCACCCUCUGCGGCACAAUGUCUUGACUGUGGCACAGGCGCUGACGCCACUGCCCCUGGGCUGCGCAGUGCUGGGAUCUUUGACCAACUCAGCUAGCACUGAAGGAUGGUGGGCUAUGAACAGGAUGACAUAUCGCCGUUUGAAUUUGGCAGUGUUCACCCUUUCAAUUUGGCUUGCCGCAGCGGCGGCCUUUACUUCCAGCUUUGCCAGAGGUUUUCAGCUCUAUCAUCCCCAAGGUGUUGCUUACUUGGUUGCGGGCUGCCACAUCAUUUCCGCUGCCUUUUGCCUUGUGGUCUGGCUGAAGAGUGUCACACCUUCGCCGCGGCCGAUUGCAGGACAGUACCUGCCACGUUUGGUACGUGGCAUUGUUGGCUCCUUUUGGGCUGUGUUUCCCGCAACGUCUGAGACAUCGUCUAUCAGCUCCUCGGGUAGCGCGUCGCAUCUCGAUGACCCCGAGAGCACUGCAGGAUCUGAUGGUCGCAAUGAGUACUCUCUGGCCACAGUACUCUUCCUGUGCUUUGCGGUGAUGCCAUUCCUCGUGAGCUUCCCGAUUGCUGGCGUGGGCACAUUGGGCCUGGGCCCCCUGAGUCGAGCUGGCGCUGCCUGGACCUUCCUGGCCGCUGUCGUGGCGUACGUGUUGAAGGACGCCACGCAACGCGGUCGGAUCCACAGCGGCAAAACCUUUCGCUUUCUCAGGUGGGGUUUAGUAGCUUCCUCUGGCAGCCACUUGGUGCUGGUGCUUCUGACAUUGGCCGGGAUCGAUGGUGGGCGUGCAGCGCUCAUGAAGUUCUACCCUGGAACGAUGUCCUGUCUUAAGCUGGCCUUGUGCUCUUUGGUGAUGCAUGGUCUGGCGGUGUUUGCUGCGUUAACACCGCCUCCAAAGGUUGCCAAGGUCGCUUCCACUGCGGCCGUGUCCGCAGCGUCUGCAGUGUCUGAAGCACCUGCAAUGACCGUAACCGCUGCGGAAGCCCCUGAAGCGCCACCUAUGGCCGCAGCACCAGCUGUUGCACCUGACGGAGCGUUUAAUUUGAAUCAGCGCGUGCUGUUCCGGGGACAAGGGGGCACUGUACGAUACAUUGGAGAAACCAACGUGGGAGUUGGAGAAUGGAUUGGAGUGGAGAUGGACGAGGAGAUUGGGACACACGAUGGCAGCCUCUUUGGCGUUCGAUAUUUCACUUGCGCAGAUCGGCAUGGGGUCUUUGCGCAGACAUCCCAGCUUCAAGCUGCCUGA